AUGUAUUUUGCUCAACUAGCAAUUUUCCUCCACUUCACCCACGUCUCCAAAAUUGUUGCCACAAGGUUUAGUAUUAUCACUCUCAGGGUGAAACAGGAAGUGGUAAGAAGCAAGCAGGUACAGCCAAUGAACAUCCAUCAUCCCUCGAACGUCAAUGUUACUCAGAGUGACAGAGGUCUUUCCUCCACCCGCGAGGUCGAGUCCCUCAUGAGCGCCUACUGGUUGCUGUGUGACGCUGUACACCAGGCCAACGUCUUCUACGGAGAUCAACUUUUAGUCCUCUUCUUUAGCACAUUUGUCCACAUCACGACCAGUCUCUACUAUUUACCCUUCAUUGCAAUUUCCGGAGACAUAUUCACCGCCACUGGCAUCGGAGCUUGGACUAUCGCCCACAUUGCUUAUCUGGCUCUGCUGAUCCGUCCCAGCACCCUGUUGGCUGAACUGGCCGACGAGACAGCAUCGAUGAUCUGCAAGUUGAUCAACACAAAUUUGAAUCCAACUCUGGUGAAAUCUCUUGAAGAGUUUUUGCUUCAGUUAGGCAAACACAAACCAAGAUUAUCUGCGCUUGGAUUUGUUGAUGUUCACAACUCUACCCUAACAAAGAUGGCAGCUGCAGUGAUUACCUAUCUAGUUGUCCUGAUCCAGUUUGAAUUGCAAGUAUUUCCAUUGGAACCAUUUUAUCACAGUAACCAUACGUUACAAGAAUUGUAA